AACAUACUCCAAAAUAAUCACUUCCUUUUCAACCAAUUAAUAUCGAUAUGUUCGUGCAAAUGUGCUGAACAGGAUUCUUGGGGAUGUCAAUCGCGCUCAUGUUAUCACAACACAGAAACAUAAAAUCUUGAGAAAUUCCAUACUCAUAAACCAUUUGUUUCAUUCAUAACAGUUGAGUACAACUACUCUCAGCUCCAAUAUAUUUCGUCUCUACUGUAGAGAAAGACACAUAAUUUUGUUUAUUGUUGAACCAAACUAUUAAAUUAUUCCCCAGAAAAAAGAACAUUCAUUGUGUGUUCUUGGUCCAAAUCCCGACUUGUAUGUAAUUUUUCUUUUAAAUUUAGUGUAACUAAACAAAUUAUAUACACACACAUAUAUAACCGUGUUGUUGGUUGAAAACCUGAUCAACUACUCUCUUUUAUACCUUAGUUUAUUUAAUUUAUAAAUAAAUACAUAAUCUUUUCCUUUUCUCAAAUGGAUUCUGCGUUCAAACUUGGAAUUCAAAUUAGAGAUAUUUCCUGUUUUCAAGUUGGAAUAAAAUCUGCUACAAAGAGAAUCCUCAAUGCAUAAACCCAACGAAAAUCUCUCGAUUCUCUUCUAUAGAUCAAUUAAUUAAGUUUUCAAUCCUUACAAUCUUCUCCUUUUUGUUGGUCCCUUCCCUUCUCUGAUCACUUUCCACUCAACACUUUUGGAAUUGCAUGGCAACUAGCAAGGAGAAAGAGCCAGUUUGUGUGACCGGAGCCAAUGGAUUCAUCGGAUCCUGGGUCGUCCGUGCGCUCUUGGAGUCUGGCUACACUACAAUCCAUACCUCCAUCUUCCCGGGCUCCGAUUCUUCCCAUUUGUUAAAUCUCCUGCCCUCUACCAACCCUAAUGCUAACCUUAGGAUUUUCGAAGCGGAUUUAAUGGACGGUGAGGCGGUGGCCAGAGCUGUGGAAGGCUGCAAGGGAGUAUUCCAUAUCGCAUCCCCCUGUACAUUGGAGGAUCCGGUUGAUCCACAGAAAGAAUUGGUGGAGCCGGCGGUUCAAGGCACUGUGAAUGUUCUUAAUGCGGCGAAGAAGUUCGGAGUGAGGCGUGUUGUUCUUACUUCUUCUAUUUCGGCUCUUGUCCCUAAUCCUGGUUGGCCGUCCCACAUGCCUUUUGAUGAAUCUUCAUGGACGGACCUGGAGUACUGCAUAUCCCGCAAGAAAUGGUAUCCAGUUUCAAAAACAUUGGCAGAGAAAUCAGCAUGGGAGUUUGCAGAGAAUCAUGGACUGGAUGUUGUUUCCAUCUUGCCAGCCACAUGUCUUGGUCCUCUUUUACAACCCACUUUGAAUGCAAGUUGUGCUGUAUUGCAGCAGUUGCUCCAUGGAUCCCAGGAUACUCAGGAAUAUCAUUGGUUGGGUGCUGUACAUGUCAAAGAUGUUGCAAAAGCACAAAUUUUAUUGUUCGAGUCUCCUACUUCUGGUAGAUAUCUUUGCACCAAUGGUAUCUAUCAAUUUUCCGAGUUUGCAGACAAAGUUGCGAAAAUCUGCCCUCAAUUUCCAGUUCACAGAUUUGUUGGAGAAACACAACCCGGGUUGGUUGCCUGCAAAGAUGCAGCGAAGAAGUUAAUUGAUCUGGGACUUGUUUUCACUCCUCUUGAAGUUGCCAUUCAAGAUACGGUUGAGAGUCUUAGAAGCAAAGGCUUUUUGAAUCAGUGAGUAAUUAAAACUAAUCAGAAUAACUUUUCUUAUUCCUUUUGAAUGCAAAUUGAUGCAUCUCUAUCUAUAUUUAUGAAUAAGUAGUAGAUCUAUUGCUUGUGGAAUUGCUAUACUUUAAGACUUGUUUAAACGUAAACAAGAAUACAGUCUCAGAGGCUCAUAUCUUUCCACUGGUCUUCAUUUUAGAAUCGUGGGAGAAAUUGAGAUGGAACUGAUAAAUAAUUGACAUUGAUUAACUGAAGCAUAGAAUGAAUUAUUUUUAAGCUAA